AUGACUAUGACAAUGCAACACCAAGUAAUUCAAGAUAACAACUUUGCAGUCGCCAUGAUUGAAGAAGGCGCUUAUGACGAGGCAUCUUCCACACUUUGUGCGGCAUUCCAAGCGUACCAGAACUGUGGCGACAUGGAGAGUACAGCAUGUAAUGAUGGAGUCUCGUACAAGUCUUCCAUUAGCCUCGAUGAAUGCAUGACGAAGGGACAUCCAAUGAGCUCUUCCAUCGACCCGGACUUUCCAUUCAUGUAUUCUGACGCCAUUCGCAUCUCGGCUGCGGCUGGAAUAUCAAAACACGAUGUUACCUCCAUCAUUCUGUUUAACCUGGCACUGACCUAUCACCUCUCCGCUUUGGAUUCGAACGACCCUGAUUCUGACCUUCAAA